CACAGCAAGACACGCGUGUCUCGGGAGACUCAUCUGAUCUCAGCUGCUCCACACUGAGGCUCAGUGUACCUGCAGCGCUCCACACCGGCACAUUAACACCUCUACCCACCUCUGCUGACAGGACUCCUCCACCUGCUCUUCGGCUCCAACUGUGUGACAGGACCUUCGCACGCAGCGGACUCUUAGUCUCUGCAGGGGCACUAAACGGAGAAGUUUGCCCUCCUGGUUUAUUUAAGAUGAAACUUGAAGUUUUCUCUGCGCACCACUUCGCACAGAAGCCGCUGGAGUUGUGCUUGGACGCAGACAGGGGAGUUCCGUCUCCUCUGUCCGCAGAUGAGCUCGGCUCGGACGGGGACUGCAUGGCCAACAGCCCGGCACCUGUCUCCCAGAGCGGGGACGGGAAAGGGAAACCCUACACCCGCAGACCCAAACCCCCUUAUUCCUACAUCGCUCUGAUCGCCAUGGCCAUCCGGGAGUCCAGCAGCGGCCGCCUCACGUUGGCAGAGAUCAACGACUACCUGAUGAAGAAGUUCCCGUUCUUCCGUGGCAGCUACACCGGCUGGAGAAACUCCGUGAGACACAACCUCUCCCUCAAUGACUGCUUCCUCAAAGUUCUGCGGGACCCGUCCAGGCCCUGGGGCAAGGACAACUACUGGAUGCUGAACCCGCACAGCGAGUACACCUUUGCCGAUGGGGUGUUCCGCCGCAGGAGGAAACGCAUCGCCAAGGUGCCCUCCAAGGAGCAGGAAAGCCCGGACAUCCUCAGUGAGGACACCCACCUCUCUGUCCCGGAGGAGAGAGUGGCAGCCAAGUUCUCCAGCUCCUUCGCGAUCGACAGCAUCCUCAGCACGCCGUACAAACGGAAAGAGGACAGUCACGCCGACGCACAGAGCUCCGGCCACCUAUUGUAUUGGCCCCAAGGGCCCCUCAUAAUGCCUUACUCUCUGAACUACCCGGUGCAGCACACGUACCUGUCAGAGGUGGCGUACAGCAGCACAGAGCCCGGAAGGCAGGCGCCUUCACACCUGCAGCAGCCAUCCGCGCACGCCGGCGCACCUAGGGCCGCCUUCAGGAAGCCCAGCAAAGCUCGAGGCUUCCACAUAGACUCACUGCUGUCCUGAAACAGCUGGGGUGCUGUCAGACUCUGAUUAUGAACCACGAUGGGCACUUUGGUGAACGCGCUUCCUGCUGGCAGCGCUGUCAAACUGUGCGCAACUUCUCACCCUGACCAAGCUGCUGUAGACUCAUUGACAGUUAACCAUAAUAAUAAUAAUAAUAAUAAUAAUAAUAAUAAUGAAUAAAUAAAUAUAGCGAACUGUCAGAAAACGUGAAAUUGAUGCGUGCGCGCUGGUGUGCGCGUACACGUCAGAUUUAUUUUGUAGAGUGCAUGUUUGUGUAUUUGUGGUUCGUUGGUCAUUUCUGCUGUAUGAUGGCAAACAGCCAUCAGAUCUGACAUUUUAUUUAUAUUUUCUUGUUUUUUAUGACUCUUUUUUUUUACAUUAAAAUAUUUGGAAAUUUGUCGACGGAGCUCACGUGGCUGCACGCAAAGAUGAUUGAAUCAUGCUUGAUAUUUUUAUGAAUAAAAAAGUGAAAUGAUGGGAUGUAUUUAUUUAUUUUUAAAGUUAUGAUAAAAGCACGUGUGCGCAUGUGUGACAAAGGUCGCACACCUGCUCAACAGCAACUCCGCUGUAAAUGAUCACCUUCAUCCAGAAUUAAGAAAUAAAGCUGAAAUGUACAUCCA